CACCCUCCCCCUCAAAACACACACACAAGUUGUUGCUUUCUUGGACAUGAAUAAAUCCAAUCUUCGGUGCAGUUUUAGUUUCUGUCAGCUCCAGGGAUGUGCGUGAGCUUGUUAACUCAGGAUGAAUUGGGUAAUAUUUAGCAGGAGCCGAGGAGAGCUAGGUUCGGCGUGGUGGUUUCAGGAACUGCUGCUGCUGCUUCAAGCUGGAGAGGACGAUGGUUGGGAAGGCCCGGUCCUCGAAUUUCACCUUAUCUGAAAAGCUGGAUUUGCUCAAACUUGUCAAGCCCUAUGUCAAAAUUCUCGAGGAGCACACCAACAAACACUCGGUCAUAGUGGAAAAAAACAAAUGCUGGGACAUCAUAGCUGACAACUACAAUGCCAUUGGGGUUGACCGGCCGCCGCGCACCGCGCAGGGCCUGCGCACGCUAUACAAGCGGCUCAAGGAGUACGCCAAGCAGGAGCUGCUGCAGCAAAAGGAGAGCCUUUCCGAUUACAAGAGCUACAUCUCCGAGCCCACGAAGAAAGUUGUGGAGAUGAUCCCUCAGAUUUCCAGCGUGUGUCUGCGAGAGAGGAACAACCUGCCCUGUGCCACCCUGGAAAAAGAAACUGUUGCUACUACGAGCUCACCGCAGCUGGUGUUGGAGCACCAUCCUGCUGCUAUCACGCUGGAGCUGGAUCAAGAGGAGGAGGAGGAGGAUGUCAAGCCCCCUCCGUCGCUGAUUGUAGAGUUACAAACUCAGGAGAGCUUAGAGCAAAGAGAACAGCAACAUUUGGUCCACGUCAUGGAGAGGUCACCUUCAACUUCCCUGUCUUCUGUGGAUAUAAGAAUGCUGUCUCCAUCCCCUAUACCCAGAAGAGAUGAAUUUUUCAGGCUUGAAAGCGGGGAACGAUUUAGGCCGGCGUGUGGGGGUUAUGAUCCCCAAAUGUUGCAAAUGCUAAAAGAAGAGCAUAACAUGAUUUUGGAAAAUCAGAGGAAAAUUGGGCUCUAUAUCCAAGAAAAAAGGGAUGGCUUGAAAAGAAGGCAGCAGCUGGAAGAAGAGCUACUAAGAGCCAAAAUUAAAGUAGAAAGGUUAAAGGCGAUACGUCUACGCCGUGAUCUCCCUGAAUUCAAUAGUCUUUGAAUAUUUAGCAAUUCUGCAGGGUUAUUUCAUAAUUCUUUUUGAUCUAGAAGAGAUGAUUUACUACAUUUAUUUGGAUGGAUCAAAACCCAGCGUUGAAGGGUUUGACGGGGGAAGAGUGCAUGUUUUUUUUCCAUUUUAUUUUUUGUGCACAUUUGCAAAAAAAUAAAUAAAUUCAAAGCCAUCUUUCUCUGGUCUUCCCAGGUUUUUGAUUUAAAGUAGAACCAGAUCUAAGACUUAAAAAAAAUCCUUUGAAAUCUUGUGAUCACUUUACUAUUAGCAAAAGCAAACGAUAAUUCAUGCAGCUGUUGUAAAAAUGCUGAUUUUAUUCUUCAUUUCAUUCCCCCCCCCCCACGAAGCGAUUCUUAUCUGUCCGUUUAAAAUAUUCAUUUAUUUCUGGGUCAA